UCUGUGAACAUUAAUCUUGCCAAUAAUGCCACACAAGCUCCUUUCCAACUUUGCACUCUCAUCACAGAAAAUUACACGGAGUCUUUCCUAUGCCCACACCCCCAAACCUGAUGCUUGACGUCACCUCAAUCCCGUCCCGAAUCACAAGCUUCCGCAACCUGCACACUAAGCCGCCAUCGCAACAACUCGCCCUCUCCCUCCCUCAUGGAGCACCGAUAGCACGUCUUCAUUCCUCCGGCUCAGCAUGAGGAGGUCGGCCUUGACGCUUGGCCGAACAUGUCUUCGCUGUCCUCGUCCGACAUUACGGUCGCAGCAAUGUCUACCAAAUUACAAUAGCCGGGGUCUGGGGCUUGGGCUUCAACCCAUUGCCCGGCGAGCAUAUAUACACGGAGGAGGAAGUCAACGAGCGGGAGGGAAAAGUAAAUGGCAAUGGCAAUGGCAAUGGCGCUCCCCACCCAGCAAAAGGGGCCUUCUCUUCGCAACAGCAACGUCCCUCUCGCCCGUAGUCUUCAUCCAACUUUCAGAGGAAGACAACACAGGCACGAACGAAACGGCAGAGGGACGCAUGCUCGCCGCGUCUCGCUCCGAGCUCAAGGACUCGAAGACCGUGUCUGCCGAUACGCGCGGCUUUGCUCGUUUUAAGGAUACCGUGGUCUUGUUUCUGGAUCGGUAUCUGUGGGAGCCGGUCUGUACGGGGUUGCGGUUCUUGCAUUUGGUGGUUAUUUUUGUGCCGGUCAUGGUGAGUGUGCCGGUUAUGUGGGUGGGGAGGAGGGAUAGGCAGAGGGGCGGGGAGAGGAGGGGGUGUUUGUGGUGGUAUGGGUUUUUGGUUCGGGGGAUGGAGAGGGCUGGGCCGGCGUUUAUUAAGUUGGGACAAUGGGCCGCUUCUCGAUCAGAUAUCUUCCCUGAGGAAAUGUGCGAAAUUAUGUCGAAUCUACAUUCCAAUGCACCAGCUCACUCUCUUCACGAAACGAAGCGAAUCAUAAGGAGAGCUUUUGACGGGAGACCAUUUGAAGAGAUCUUUGAUGAAUUCGAGGAGAAGCCUUUAGGAGUAGGAGCAAUAGCACAAGUCUACAAAGCAAAACUAAAGCCUGAUCUUGCUGUACCAGGAGACACAGAUGUAGAGGAACCAAAGAACUUCACCAAAAUCGCAAGGAAGAAUGUGGAUACAUUGAUCAAGAGCACACCUCAAAGAGUGCCUUCAUCUUAUGUUGCCAUCAAAGUUUUACAUCCUGGUGUAGAAAGGGUAGUAAGACGAGAUCUCCGAAUAAUGGGAUUCUUCGCCUCGAUCCUAAACGCCAUUCCAACUAUCGAAUGGCUUUCCCUCCCCGACGAAGUCUCCCAAUUCGGAGAAAUGAUGAGACUACAACUCGACCUCCGAAUCGAAGCAGCAAACCUCACAAUCUUUCGAAAGAACUUCAAAGAGAGGACCACAGCCUGGUUUCCGUACCCCUACACAGCGUUCACCACCCGACAAGUCCUCGUCGAAGAAUUCGCUCAAGGAAUCCCGCUCUCAGAUUUCAUGGAAAAUGGAGGUGGUGUAUUCCAGCAAGAAAUCGCGGACGAAGGUCUAGAUGCUUUCCUGCACAUGCUCCUCAUUGAUAAUUUCGUCCACGCGGAUCUCCAUCCCGGAAAUAUCAUGGUCCGAUUCUACCAAUCGUCCAAACCGCAUCUACCGUUCAGCAAACACAAAGACGAAGAUCCACAAUCGCAGCCAGAUGUCACGGAACAAGUUCUCGCUCGCUUAAGACCCUUUAGACAUAAAAAAGACCUCAAAGCAUGGGACACCGAGCUACAGAAAAUCGACUACGAAGGUUACAGGCCUCAACUAAUCUUCAUCGACACAGGCCUAGUCACCGAACUCAACGCCACAAACCGCCGCAAUUUCCUCGAUCUCUUCAAAGCGGUAGCCGAAUUCGAUGGCUAUAAAGCGGGUCAUCUGAUGUGUGAACGCUGUCGACAACCAGACGCCGUUAUCGACGAAGAGAUCUUUGCGUUGAAGAUGCAACAUCUUGUUCUGGGCGUCAAAUCGAGGACUUUGGCUUUGGGUAAUAUGAAGAUUGGGGAUAUUCUCAAUGAGGUGUUGGGCAUGGUGAGGAGUCAUCAUGUCAGGAUGGAGGGAGAUUUCGUCAAUGUGGUUAUCAGUAUCCUCUUACUUGAGGGUAUUGGACGGAGUCUGAACCCUGACAUCGAUCUCUUGAGUAGUGCUUUGCCCAUCCUGAGACAACUAGGAGCCCAGAGUGGUGGGGGCAUGUUGAGACAGGGUGAUUUCUCCAUGUUGAAAGUCUGGGCUGGGUUGGAGGCUAGGAAAUUCUUGCAGGCUAGUAUUGAGGAUGUCGAGCGAUGUGUGAAAUAUGACUUGCUUUCACCAAAUGUAUAGACAGACGGUUUGUUACGAUUUUGAGCAUAGACGGCGUUUGUAUCAUAGCAUUGGGUGGUAGACUUCCUUUCACUCUUCCCUUCUCCAUUGAGAAGGCAUAGAAAUAGACGAGGUUUCAUCCUAUGAGUACCCUUAGUCUUGGGUGUAGUUCAUGUGCAAUAUCAAGCUCCAUAAGAAGUACCUUUAGUAUUGGGAGUUCUUGUGCAAUGUCAAACUCCACAAGAAGUAACCUUACAAUCAAUGUAGGUAGAAAGCUUCCUCUCAUAGCAAACUAUCCCCUUAAAGGCGAAGUACUUGCUAUAUUGCCCACCCUAAGGCGGUGUAGCAUAUAUCGAUUCACUUGAACAUUGUUGUAAAGAGCGCUAAGAUGCGGCCGCUUCGAAUCCAUAACUCUCCUCCUCCUCAUCUUGAUUCCGAUCUUCU